AUGGAUCCAGUCCAGGAAAGGGAACCUUUCCGCUUCCUCGAUGCUGCUGCCAAGGAAACAACAGUCGCUCUCACUCGCGCCAACAUUCGCCAUGGAUUCAUAGGCCGAUAUGCGACGUCUCUUAUUGGUGGGUCAAGAAUGACUGAGGACAUUGAUGUCAUCGUGGAUUCGGACCCAAUCGAGGCCCGCAACAUGCUUCUCCAGGCCAACGCCCGCUUUACAAUAAACCCCAACAACAAACUGAUGUUUUCGGGAGGGGAUCGUACGCCCAUCACAGUUGAGCUUCGUGGGGGAGAAGGUAGACAGUUGAAGUUGCGUGACGCAAAUACAAUUUCUCUUCGCUCCAUCACUGCCAAUGACCUGCCAGGACGUGUUGAGGAGACCCCAAUGAGGGACAUCAAAGAUAUUCAAGUAAUUCUGACCUGGCUGGGUAAUGAUGGCAGUCUUAUCGAUUUGGAAGGAUAUCCGGAGAAGCCCAAGCACGAGUUACUCGCCUUGGUUCGCAAGCUGUACCAGAUGCAUACAACAACUCGCCCUUUGCUUGCGGUCACUUUGAGCGCGAAGGAUUUGGCGCUCAUCAGCAAUUAG